AUGUUUUGUACGUGUUGGGGCUCAGGACGGUAUGGAAGUUUCUCUUCCAUAAGGGCAUGGCUGCGGGCUACCAGUUAUGGUGAUCAUUUUCGCGAUGUCUGUUCAUGGGAGAGACGGGACAGUUUUCGCUCUGGCAGACAUAAUCCUCCAUCGGAAGGUUCAGGGUCAGGGGGCAUUGCGAUGACUGGAAAAGUGGAUGUAACGAUUACUGGUGGUUUGGAUGCUCAUGUUGAAAUGGUUGCAGAAGGAGGAAAGAAGUUAGGAACUAUUGCGGAAGAGGUUCAAAUGCCGGAAGUUAUUUCUGCCGCGACUCCUAUUAUUCCAACAGUUACAAUGAUAACGAAUGGGCCAGAGAAGGUGGUUCUACUUGAUGGGUCAGAUCAAGCAGUUCAAGGGGAUGGACCAGAUCAGGUUCCUAUAGUGUAUAAGCCAGAUCGAGUCGUUCCAGUGUUUGGGCCUAUUCAGGCCUCUCAAGCGGAUGUGCCAGUUAAGGGCGUUCAAGUUGAACGCAAUGAUCAAGUUGUUCAAGUAGAUGGGCCAGUCCAAGCAGUUCGAUCUCUUUUAGAGAAAGAUAGUACUCGGUCGAGCACCGAGAAGAAGGAAAGAUCAGAUGGGUGUCUUCUAGAGAAAGAAAGUAAUUGGUCGAACUCAGUGAAGAAGGAAAGACCAGAUGGGUGUUUGAGCAAGAAAUGGAAACGGCUCUCUUUCAUUUCUUGCUCAUCUAGUUCCGAACAAGAGGCUGCUAAAGUGCUCUAUCUUCCCAACAAGAGAAAGGCUUUGCGUAUCGAUGGCGGAUGAGAUGGUAGACCGAAUAAGCGAGGCACUAGUGUUGGGGGAUCUAUGAUUGCAGACUCUCAGAAUGCUCCCAAUUUAUAAGCGGUGGGUGUUCAACAGCACCGCCGCUCCCAAUGAAAAAAUUAAGUUGGAAUGUCCAUGGGCUUGGGAACCCAUGGGGCUUUCAAACCCUUUGCGAUUUGAUGAAGAAGGAAGUUCCUGACAUCCUGUUUCUAUAGGAGACACGGCUUAAGGCUCACGAAUUCGAGAAAUAUAAAUCUGUUUCUAUAAAAUCCCAGAAUCAGCUUCGACAUCACUUCAGUUGGAAGCCUCCUCAUACCGGGGUACUUAAGCUCAACACUGAUGGAGCUAUGUUUUUAGAUCUUCACAAGGCUCGGAUUGCCGUUAUACUAUGUGAUUCAGCUAGAAAAAUCCUAAUGGUUGCUUCUAAGCUUGAACUAGAGGUGGCUGAACCAGAAGCAAUGAAGUUGCUUGCUAUUUUUAGAGGGAUGCAAUUGUGUUCCACUAUGGGAAUUUCACAUAUUAAAAUUGAGAGCGACCAUUUGCUGUUAGUCCAAGCUUUACACAAAAUAACAUGCUUAAUUCUAUGCUUGGUAAUCUGUUUUCUGAAGUGCAAAGACUGUCUAGUUGCUUUACAAGUGUUUCUUUUACUCAUUUGUAUAGAGAGGAAAAUAUGGCAGCUCAUAAACUUGCUAGAAAUGCUUGGAGAGUGGAGAAUAUUGAAAUGUGGUGGGAUAGUACUCUAGACUUUCUUUCUCAAUUUUUAUAGUUUGAUAAAUGUCUGUAAUUCUUUAUCUUCAAUGAAGUUGAUUGUUUCUAUCCAAAAAAAAAAAAAAAAAAAACUAAAUAUGUUUGGAUUGAAAUUGAAAACUUUUUAAUUAAAAAAAAAAAAACUAACAAACUUGCACGUAGUCUAAUGUUAUGGAGGGAUUUAGAGUAAGUUAGAGGCCCGAUUAUAUUGGAUUUAAUUAUAUAUAUGUAGAGAAAGAGAAAAUUGAGUUUAUUAAGUUUUUGAUAUAUAGUUUAACAAAGACAAACAACAUUAUGAAGAAUCAAAAGGGUCAAAUGUGUUGUAUAAAAUUAUUUAAAAAAUACUAGCAAAUAGGCUCAAGUAGGUUUUGAAGAGUAUUAAAUCAAGAAAUCAGGGUGCUUCUUUAUCAUGAAGGAUGAUUACUGACAAUAUAUAAGUAAUAUAUGAGAUUUUGCAUACUAUGAAAACUAGAUUGAGGUAAGAAGUGAAAGUAUGAAAACUGGAUUUUGCAUACUCUGUGUUCGUCAAACACACACACACACUCUCUCUCUCUGAAAUUUUCCACCCGCCGAGCACCCCACAACCUCUUGCCAGCGUACUUCUCCUCCUUCUAUCGUCUCUCACUUUCCCUCCAUCCACCUCUAUCUCCGUUACUCUCUGUCCCUCUCAUUCUCUCUGUCUCUAUCACACUCUCUCAGGCUGACAACUACCCACCUCCGCCUUCCCUCUAAGUUUCCCCUCCCUCACUCUCUGUCUCACCCUCUCGGUUUCCCCUCUCUCUCUCUCUCUCUCUCUCUCUCUCUCCGCAACACACAUAAUCUGUUUCUUUCUACCUGAGACACACCACACCCAUUCAAAAGACUUCUACGCCAUCAGCUAACGGGAAUGACCAUGGGAAGCAGUAGAGCUCGGGAUGCUUGUGAUCAUCCAGAGAUUCUCCCCUUCAUGUGUAGGUGGCUCUUGGACCAACGUUGAAAAUAAUUUUUUAUGUAAAUUGUGAAUUGUGAUAUGUGAAAUUCGAAUAAUUCUUAUCAUAUCAUCACUCUUCUUUUA